AUGCAACAAUGUAUUCCAAAUUCAAGAUUAUUAGGCAUACAAUUAACCAUAUCCACACACUCAGGACCGCAAAUUGUUUAUAAUUACCCACCUGCUAUAAGUGAUUAUAAAUCGAUAAUAACAAAUAAUAUACCAACUGAUAUUAAAAAAUUUCAUUCAAAUAUUAGAAAUUCAACAAGUAAUCAACCGUCACCAAUUGAUCCAUUUUUAAAAAACUCAAAAAAUCAUCGACAUAUUUUUACGCCACAAGAUGAACUUAAUAUGAACUCGUUUAAUAUGUCUACUUCGAGUAUAACAAGAGAUGUAUUUUCAGUUAAUGUUAGAAGUGCAAGAGAAUCUGAUACUGAUCAAGAUUCAAUGGCUGAUAUUAGCGAUUCUGAGCUAACUACAGAUUAUUGUGGAACUGAUAGCACCUUAUCAGAAUCAUCAUCUUCCGAUACAGACUCAGUAUCAGUUAUAUCAGUAAAGUCCAAUUCAAACCUUAAUAAUAAUAAUACAAAUUUGGAGAAAAAUGAUAAAAAUAUUCAAAAAACUAUCAGCAACUUGAUAAAUAAUCGAUAUAAUCAAAAUACAAAUAAUACUUAUAGCCAACAAGAACAAGAUGAUGAAUAUGCCGAUGAUGAAGGUGAUGAUGAAAUAUCCGCAAAUUUAAAAAAUAUUAAACUGAAUUCUAAUGAAUUAACUGAUCUUAAAAAAUCACACUCAAACCAAUUAAAUACUAAUGAUUUCAAAUCUGAUACAUCCGGAUCAACUAUUUUAAAGACUAAAACACCCACUUCUAAUACUACAAUUGCCGCUACAAAAUUACUGGAUAUUAUAAACCAAGAAAAUUCAAAUAGAAAAAUAUCAUUAUCUUCAAAGCUUUUAUUAUCAACUGAUGAUGAUAUUGAUAGAGUUGACAGUGGAGAAUAUGUAUCUGAUCAGGAGUUGGCAACAUUUUGGGAAAAAGAAGACUUUAAAUUUAUUGAGAGAUAUUUCGAAGAGGAUGUUUUUCAAGAUUUAAGUAAAAUAUUUGAUUUCGAUUCAGAAUUUGUAGCUGAAUUUUGUAGCCCAGAAAGAGAAAUGUGUAACACGAAAUUUGAGUUUACCAUAGAUAAAUUUUGUUUUCUUGGCUUACCAAUUCAUGUUGAUGAAGAAGGGAAUUGGAAGAAAUCUAAAAAAAAGAAACAUUCUAGUAGAUCCAAGAGGUCAAGCAGUAUCGGAACAAAAUGUAGCGUAAAUAAUCAUUCCACUACUGCAAAUACCAAUACAGAUAUAACUAGACGACGUGAAAAUUCUGAUCUAACACCAUUUAUUAGUGAUACAACUGAAAAAGAUUUAGUCACUAAAUUAAAUGAUACAAUAAGUGUGGAAAGCUAUGAUGAAUCCGGUAAAGAUGAUCUUCAAAAUAAUAUGACUAUGUUCCAUGUUGUUUUCAUUAUGGAUCCAUCAUUAAUAGAAUAUAACCAAAGAGUGAAUGAUAUGUUUCGAAAUGUUGCAGCCCGAUUAUCAUUAUUUCUUAGAAGUGCUCAAGCGAAGACAUCUUAUGUAUCAAGAGAAUGUGAUAUUAUGUUAAAGGAAAAGGAAUCAAUAAUGAAGACCUCUCGUACAUAUAGAAUGCUAAAAGGUCCAAGAAAUAAAACAAAAUAUCUUUAUAAAAAACUCUUAACAAAAUCUUCAUUAGCAAGGGCAUUGACAGUAUGUGUCGAUAGUUUACAAAAGAAUGAAAUCGCAAGUUUACAAAUGAAUGAUGAAAAAUUUAUUUCGUUACAAAUUCCAAUACAUUAUGAAUUGAAAUUUUUACCAAGAUUUAAGUUAGAUCCGGUAUUGAAGGGAACGUUUUUAACCUCCAUUUUAAAUUCCAAGUUUUUAGCAAGAUCUUCAUCACUGGAUCAAUUGAACGCUACUACGAACCAAAUUAAUUAUCCAACCUCCAAUUCAAAUAAUGCGAAUGAGAAUGAAUAUGACACUUUUUUUGAUGACGAUAAUAACUUAUUAGAUUAUGCAUUGUUACCACUUGAUGAGCCCAGUAAUAUCAUUAAGAAACUAGAAACAUCUAGUAAUCAAGAUGAUUUAACUAGUGUGUUAUUAAUCCAUAUUGUAAGACAUAUUCAACCAACCUUACCAUUGAGAUCAUAUCAAUAUUUAAUUGAUGAUGUAUUUCGAUUUAAUUCCAAUGAAUUUGGAAUGAAAGAACUUGAAAAUGGAGAAAGUAUUAAAAUUAAUUUAUUAAAAUCAUGUACAUUACAUUUAUUAUAUUGGAGGUAUGUUCGUGUUAUAAUCCCCAUCAGUUCUCGCAAUACUUAUAUAAUAUCACCACUUUCUCCAAUACAGGGUAGUAAUAAAGAUUUAUUAAUUACAAAUAAGAAUUGCUUGAAAAGUUACAAUGAUUAUAAUAAUAAAGAUAAUAAUGAAAAUAAUAAUAAUAAUGAUAGAUAUCAUUCAAAUAAAAGCACCGAUAGCAAAGUUGAAAAUAAAAAACCAUUAAUAUACCAAUAUCAAGAUAUGUUCAAAGAGACUUUCCCAUCUUUACCAAUUUUGCCUCUUUUUUUAAAUCUAUUAUCUAAUGGUAAACCUAAACCAUAUGGUAUUAUCAUCCCAUCUAAAGACCAUAAACCAAUAUAUCUGAAAGCAUUAUCGUGGUUGUUGAGAAAUGGAUUUGUCUAUCAACAAUUAACAUUCAUUUGUAUCAGAGUUGAUAAACAAGUAAAAAUGCAAGUUGAAGAAGAUUUAGAAAGAGAAGGGUUUAAGAAUAGUAAUAAGAAUGUUAACAAUGUAUCUACUGGAGGAAUAGCAAAUCAUGUAACAUCUACAAAUACAACAACUAAUAUUCCUAACAAAAAUGAUGACAAUAUCAAUAGUUCUUUAAAAGAUGCUGUUAUUAAUAACAGAGGAAUUAAUAAGAAUCAUGGGAACAUUAGUAAAACAACUAGUAAUAAUAAGGAUAAUAGUAAUAAUGAAGAAGAUAAUAUGAUAGAUGAUAACGAUGAUAUAAGAAUUGAACGCUCCACAUUUACUAACAAUAAUAGUAAUGAUAAUGAUAAUAAUAAUAAUCAUAUAAAUUUAAGAUUAAAUUUGCCAUACAAUGAUAUAGAUAAAGAACUUGCUUAUGCCGAUGCAAGUAGUAAAUUACAGAAUCUUGAAUUCGAAGAGGAUAUGAAUAAUUUUGAUUACGGUGAUCCUAAGAUGGAAAAAGAUUAUACGAUUAUAUUAGAACCUGAAAGAGCUAGUGCUCUUGAAAAAAGAUGGAUAUAUAAAUGUAUACAAGAUCAACCCUCUGACAUUCAAAUGAUUUUCAAUAAGUUACUGAAAUAUUUCAAUGGUCGUACUCCAAUGGAAGUUGUUAUUCUAAGAGAAAAUGUGUCUCGACAUGAUAUCAAGAAAUUAAUGAAAAAUAUGCAUAAAUAUUUAAUGGAAUACCACCAUUGGUAA